AUGGCGAAUCGAAGACACGUUGCCGCGCUGCUCGUCCAUUUCGCCCUCUGUUACGCGGGAUGGGCGUCGGGCAAGGCGCCAGGCCUCCGCGCCACAGACGACGCGAUACGAGAGACAACGAUAGGCACCGUGUUGCUGGCGGUUCUGCUUUGCGCGAUAGCCCAUCGCUCCUACGUUGGCAUCCUGGCGAUCGGCUGCACGCUCUUCAAGCAUCUCGCCUGGGUCCUCUUGCACACGGACGUUGGCAUAACAGACACGCACAUCUUCUGGGGCACCCUAGUGCUCCCGCUCGUCGGCGCGUUCCGCCCAGCGUCAUCCCGGGCCACAAUGGCGUUUGGCUUCGAACUCAGAUGUAUUGCCGCAUAGGUACCAUAGAUGUCCCUAUAUUCUAUUCGCCGGCGUCUAUUCUUUCGGCACGAAGGUGAUUGAUAAGAACCACCACGCCGUCAAGGAGGUGAUCCGGACGGGCCGACCGUGCUGCACGCGUGCCGAGUUCGAAGCGGCGAAGCUCGUCAUAUGCGUCGGUGUGUACCUCUCCGUCGUCCUCGCCUACGUUUUUUCUUUGCGCGUCCGGCGCGGCCCGCUCGUGGUCACGUGGGCCUGCGGCGGCGCCUGCGGGCAUCUCCACCCGCGGCGUGCGAGGUAUAGGCCCGUCGCCUACGAGUCCGACGAGGAAGGGACUGCGUCCGCGGAGAAAUCUAGGCCGAUUUAG